AAAACCACGAGUGCUCCGAUUCGACACCUUGUCCACCACAUGCCCAAUAAGUUUUGCCGCCUUUUGACGUCAAAUUAACCAGCGACCUUUUAAUAUCAUCUUUCCGAACUAGCUUCGUGAUGUCCAGGCGGGUCCCGGCAGACCGAGCUGCACAAAACCUGCAGACGAUUAAGAGUCUACUGAAGCUAGAAGGAAAUAAGAGUUGCGCCGACUGCAAGAAGAAUAAACAUCCCCGAUGGGCCAGCUGGAAUUUGGGGAUUUUCAUAUGCAUUAGGUAUUAAACACACAAUGACUGCUAUAAUGAGAGGGGCACAUAAACUCAUCGACCAUAGGUGUUCAGGGAUUCACCGUGGCAUGGGCACACAUAUCAGUCGAGUAAAGUCGGUCGAUCUUGAUGCUUGGACGGAUGAACAGUUGCAGAGCGUGCUCCGAUGGGGAAAUACAAGGGCGAACAAGUUAGGCAUCCGUGCUCAAUGCCUCUCGAUCAGUAUUGACCGAACUUUUCUAGAUAUUGGGAGGCAAAGUUAGCUCCCGGUCAUAUACCUUCUGAAGCGAAGAUCGAGAAUUUCAUUCGCACAAAAUACGAGUCCAAACGCUG